GACGGGGCCCGGGGCCGGGCGGGACCGCUGGACCAUGGGGGCGGCGGCGGUGGCCACGGCUCUGGGCCUUCUCCUCCUGGCGGGGGCCGGGAGCUCGUCCGCCGACGAGGCGCGGGAGGCGGAGGCCGUGCGGGAGCUGCUGGUCCGGCUGCUGGGCCCCGGCCCGGCCGCCGCCUUCGUGGUGUCGGUGGAGCGCGCCCUGGCGGCCGAGUCCGGCCUGGACACUUUCCGCCUGAGCGGCGGCGGCGCCGGGGCGCGGGUGCACGUGCGGGGCUCCACGGGCGUGGCGGCGGCCGCGGGGCUGCACCGCUACCUGCGGGACUACUGCGGCUGCCACGUGGCAUGGUCGGGCUCGCAGCUGCACCUGCCGCAGCCGCUGCCCGCCGUGGAGCUCACCGAGGCCACGCCCAACAGGUACCGCUAUUACCAGAACGUGUGCACACAAAGCUACUCCUUCGUGUGGUGGGACUGGGCCCGCUGGGAGCAGGAGAUCGACUGGAUGGCACUCAACGGCCUGAACCUGGCACUGGCCUGGAGCGGUCAGGAAGCCAUCUGGGAGCGGGUAUACUUGGCCCUGGGCCUGACGCAGGCGGAGGUUGACGAGUACUUCACGGGCCCUGCCUUCCUGGCAUGGGGGCGCAUGGGCAACCUGCACACGUGGGGUGGCCCCCUGCCCCGCUCCUGGCACCUCAAGCAGCUUUACCUGCAGCAUCGCAUCCUGGAGCGCAUGCGCGCAUUCGGCAUGACCCCAGUGCUGCCUGCAUUCCCGGGCCACGUCCCCAAGGCCCUCACCCGGGUGUUCCCUCAGGUUCGUGUCACCCAGAUGGGCAGCUGGGGACACUUCAACUGCUCCUACUCCUGCUCCUUCCUGCUGGACCCGGAAGACCCCCUUUUCCCCGUCAUCGGGAGCCUCUUCCUGCGGGAGCUGACCAAGGAGUUCGGCACAAACCACAUCUAUGGGGCUGACACUUUCAACGAGAUGCAGCCCCCAUCCGCAGAGCCCACCUACCUGGCCGCAGCCACCGCCGCUGUCUACCAGGCCAUGACCAAAGUGGACCCUGAAGCUGUGUGGCUGCUGCAGGGCUGGCUCUUCCAGCACCAGCCCGACUUCUGGGGACCUGCCCAGGUGGACGCCGUGCUGGGGGCCGUGCCAAGGGGCCGCCUGCUGGUCCUGGACCUGUUCGCCGAGAGCCAACCCGUGUACGUCCGCACGGCAUCCUUCCAGGGCCAACCCUUCAUCUGGUGUAUGCUGCACAACUUCGGAGGCAACCACGGCCUGUUCGGGGCCCUGGAGGCCGUGAACCAAGGCCCUGCCGCUGCCCGCCACUACCCCAACUCCACCAUGGUGGGCACAGGCAUGGCGCCCGAGGGCAUCGAGCAGAACGAAGUGGCCUAUGCCCUCAUGGCCGAGCUGGGCUGGAGGAAGGAGCCGGUGGCAGAUCUGGAUGCUUGGGUGACCGGCUUUGCCGCCCGGCGCUACGGGGCCUCCCACCAGGCCGCAGCGGCCGCCUGGAGGCUGCUGCUCAGGAGCGUCUACAACUGCUCGGCCGAGGCCUGCAGCGGACACAACCGCAGCCCACUGGUCCGGCGACCGUCCCUCCAGAUGGUCACUGCCGUCUGGUACAACCGCUCGGACGUGUUCGAGGCCUGGCGGCUGCUGCUCUCAGCCGCUUCCGUCCUCGGCCCCCGCCCAGCCUACCUCUACGACCUGGUGGACGUCACUCGCCAGGUGGUCCAGGAGCUGGUCAGCUUGUACUACCUGGAGGCGAGAAAUGCCUACCUGGGGAAGAACCUGCCAGCGCUGCUGCGGGCAGGGGGCAUCUUGGCCUAUGAGCUGCUUCCCGCGCUCGACCGGGUACUGGCCAGCGACAGCCACUUCCUGCUGGGCCGCUGGCUGGAGCAGGCCCGAGGGGUGGCGGCCAGCGAGGACGAGGCCCGUCUCUAUGAACUCAACGCGCGAUACCAGCUGACCCUGUGGGGGCCAGAGGGCAACAUCCUGGACUAUGCCAACAAGCAGUUGGCCGGCCUGAUUGCUGACUACUACACCCCGCGCUGGCGGCUCUUUCUGCAGAUGCUGGUGGAGAGCCUGGCGCAGGGCCACCCUUUCCCGCAGCACCAGUUCGAGGAGAAGGCCUUCCAGCUGGGGCAGGCCUUUGUGCUCAACCCACGGGGCUACCCCGUCCAGCCCCAAGGCAGCACCGUGGACCUGGUCAAGGAGCUCUUCCUCAAGUAUUACCCCCGCUACGUGACCGGCUCUCUCUUAGACGUGUGUCACCCCCAGGCAGAUUCUUCCCAAACUGCAGAGCCCCGAGGCCAGUUCCCAGGACCUGGAGCUGGACAAAGGUCCCAAGAGGACUCAGGCCUGGGCAGUGGAAUCCCGGACCUGUGGGUGGGGUCUAGCAUGGGAAGCUGCCCUCCACCGUGACGUGGGGACGUGAAUGCUGUUCCUUGCACCUAAUAAACUGCUGAGUCCAACCCCUUCCCCCUCCCCCAG